CCAUGAUGGACUAUAUAGCUGUGAUCGACCGGCUCAGCUCAACUGAUUGGGUGAGAGGGAGCGUACUACACCGCUGGCGGGAGUGAAAAGAUGAUGAUUACACGACGAAACCAAAGACUGAAACUUUUCUUUGCCUUCAUUCUCGGAUCUGCGCUAACGGCCACGCUAUUCAGCGCCGCCUGGCUGGAUGUUGGGUGGUGCGGUAAACCUUGCAGCAGAAGCUCCAGGCAUCGUCUGAGAGGUGUACUGGGGAUACUGGGAGCGACGUCAGCAUCGAAGACGCUGCCUAAGCCGUACUAUUCCAGGGAAGCCAAACCUACUGUAAACCAACCGUCUUCCACGCCAGCCGGCAUCACGACAACAACAACAACGUUGGGAGCACCUAAGGCAUCCUUUUCCAAACCCAUAAGUCUUCUACUUACUCAAUACCAAGGCUAA